AUGGCCGACUCCAAAAACAAAAGCGCCUAUGGCGCGCCCGCGGGGGACACCGACUUCCGCAAGAACUGGGACCUGGACGAGUACGCGGCCAAGGGCAAGGAGCGCGAGGCCCGGGAAAAGGAAGAGGCCAAGGCGCGGUAUGAGGCCAAGCUCGCGGGCAAGAAAUACCACAAGCCCCUGACGGGUAACGAGACGUACACGACGGCGCGGCGCCAUGUCAUGGACCUCAGCGCGCAGGUGGGCAAGACGCAGCUCGUGCCCGCGGGCGCCGGCGUGGGCAAGCGAGGGCGCGGCGCGGGCUUCUACUGUGACUCGUGCGACCUCACCUUCAAGGACAACAAGCAGUUUGUCGAGCAUCUCAACACGAUCCAGCACCUGGCCAACACGGGCCAAACGGCCCAGGUCAAGCGGGCGACGGUCGACGAGGUGCACGAGCGCAUCGCCUACUACAUCCGCCGGCGGGAGGAGCUAGAACGGGAGCGGGCGACGAGUCUGCACGAGAGGCUGCAGCUGCGCGAGGAUGAGAUGGCCAAGGAGGCGGACGAAAAGAAGCAGCGCAGGCGGGCCGAGGCCGACCGGCGCCGUGAGCAAAAGGAGCACGAGGCCAAGGUCAAGACGGAGUAUGGAGAGGACGUGCGGGUCGAGGGGGAGCACGACGAGGACGACAUGAUGGCCCAGAUGGGCUUUACGGGAUUUGGCGGCUCGAAGCAGAGAUGA